AUGUCAGAUGGCGGAACGGUUGGCGAACAGCCGUCGCAUCGGGGUCCCGAGUCGUAUUUUCCAAAAAUCGACCAGUUUUACAUCCCUGAUUGGCUUACCAUGCAAUUUGUUCUCAGCAAUGUGAUCUGCUUUACACCGCUGGUGUCGUACGGAACAACAGUGUUGAGCAUUCGCCGAUCAAAGACAGCGCUCGGGUUUUCCAUCGAUAUAUGUGCAACAAUGCUUAUUGCUAGCAUUUUCCGUGUAUCCUACUAUCUGAUCACACCUUAUGAGAUCACACUUUUGCGCCAGUCGCUGGUGAUGAUCUUCAUACAGCUGGUGCUUCUGCACACGAGUCUCCGUUACCGGCCUGAAGAAUACAAAAGCGAGAAUUUGGAGCCUGUCGAAUCGUUUGGCCAACUCGUGCAUGACGUGUGGCUCGAAUACUUCCCUCUCGACCCAUUUUCAGGUUCCGACUGGAAAAAUUUACUGAAAUCUCUUUCGUACCGGAACUUAAGCGACUUUGCAUUCAAGUUGAUCCUGGUCUUCGUCUACAAAUUUCUCAAAUUCUUUGAUCCCAGUUAUAAACGGUUUAUGUCUUUCUGGCAAUGGAACGACGAAAAAACUUUUUGGAAGUUCUUGGGUAUUUUCACCGUCUUACAAAUGAGUAUCGCCGUUUUCCUCUCGAGAAUCAUGAAUUGGGAUGGCUUCGCGCAGUGGGUUGGGUCUCUAAUAGGCACUUUGGGACUACUGAUAGAGUCCCUACUGCCUUUGCCCCAAAUUUCGAUUUUGAACAAACUCAAGUCCGUACAAGGUUUCAAAUUUAUUCUUCUCAUUAGUUGGCUGUGUGGCGAUGUUUUGAAAAUAAGCUAUUUGAUGUUUGGCGCCAAAAACAUUUCCGUUCUUUUCCUUUUCUUUGCAUUGUUCCAAAUGUCGCUCGAUAUCUACAUCGCUGCGCAAUACAUCUAUUAUCGUUUCUAUUACCCGCGCGUGGUUGAGAGCACACCUGAAUCCAUAGAGCUAACUGAGAUAAAAUAA